UCGAGGAGAAGUUAGUUGUACCUUAAGUGCACAUGAAUAACACCAACAACUGUAUGACCAAAAACCUUAAAGUAACCUUGAAAACAGAGGUGGGGGCACUUUGCUUGGCUAUGUCAAAAAGAAGUAUGAAUCACCUCUAUUAAGAUACUAUCACUCAAAAACAAUUUAAUUUAAUAACAAUCACACGCUAAUCAUCAGCCUACUCAGUCACAAUCAUGUGCCUUUGAUUCCAUUCUCAUUCUUCCAUCUACAUCAAAUCCAUAGCAAAAGAGAAACAAGAAAUUGAGAAUGGAGUUGAAAAGUAGAGAGGCAGUUUCUAUGCUUGAAGGUGAAGGGAUUUGCAUAAGCAGAAUUCUUGCUAGAGAGUCUUCAGUGGGGCAAUCUUCACGUGUGUUUUAUCGAUCCAACGAAGGCAUUCCUUUUCGAUGGGAAAUGCAGCCAGGAAUGGCAAAGAAUCCACAGCAAGAAGAGCUGCCCCCGCCACUCAUGGCCUCCCUCUCCCCAAUCUCGAUGAGCCGGAGCCACCGCGGCUGAAAACCUCCAUGAUUUGGAGGCUGAAAAAAAGAAUCAUAAAGAAGGUGCGUGGUAUAAGAAACAAAGAGCAAGAGAGCUCUAGGUUCUCUUCAACCUCCGAUGUUUCCAUGGUCGAUUCUCCCUUCUGCUGCAGCCCUUGGAACAUUCCAGCCAUCCUGGAAGAAGGGAACACCAGAAUAUACUACUGCAACCUACACAAGAAUGCAUUCGCCGUGGAAGAAGGCGAUUUUUUUAUGAGCAGAAUUCUCUCCCAAGUUUCCGCACCGGAGCAGUUUUCCGGCCCGCUGCACGGCGGGGAUUUGGCAGCGGGCGUGCCGUUUGGAUGGGAGAUGCAUCCUGGCACGCCCAAGGAGGUGGCGGAGGAUGAGCUCAUCCCACCACCCAGCCCUCCGCCAGCAGCACAAAGCCUAUCACUGCCGCGGCCUGUGCCAGCUGGCAGAGAUAUGAAGACGAAGAGCUCGGCGUGGAAGAAGGCUUGGCUCUGGAUAAGGUGGCGCGGUGGGAAAACGAAAACAUUGAAAAUGCAGCAUGAGAUCAGCUUUAGGUAUAAUGAGAAAUGGGGUGUUGAUGAUGACCUUUCUUCUUCUUCUUCUUCUUCUCUUCGGAAAAUUUCCUCGGUUUCGUCGGUUGGGCCGCUGUCGAGAAGCGGCGGUUGGAGGGUGUCCAAGAUUAGGAGGAAUUUGGCGGGGAGAUUUGGGCCUUGGAAACGAAGAGAGUUGCUUGUUUUUGCAAGGAGAAAGUGGAACUCUUUAUCGUCGUAGUACUUGUUUGAUAGCCUAGAUAAGACCAAAGAUAUAUGAGUUAUAUGGACUUAUUUAAUUGUUUGGUCGAUAAAAUGAGGCAUAUGUUAGGCA